GCAUUUGUCGUCCCUGGCUACCAUACAAAAAAUGGAAGCAACAGUUAAAAUGCUUACCAACAACCUUAACCAACAGUCUAGUAUUGCUGCUGCUGACAUGGAUCGACUUUCAAAAUGUCUUCAAGUAGAAGUUCAAGCAAAAGAGUCUGCACUGCGUCAACUCAGCAAAAUUCCACCCGACCCGUUUUCUAGUUGGACUCGAAACAAGACAUCCGAUAUGGGUAUUCCUAAAGAUCCACCCAAUAUGCCUCGCGGUGCAGAUCCAGAUCAUUGGACCAUGUUUUGCAAAGCAGACCCUUUUAAUUCAAAACGACUCGAUGCAGGCCAGCUUGGAAUCGCUCUUUCCGCAGGUCCGUGGCCUCCACUCUCUAUUCGAGCCAUUGUGCUUCUUAUUCGUACAUACGAUCGUAACGGUGAUUUUGUGGAUUUUGAAUUUUUCACCCGAGUCUGGCCGCAAAUGCAUCAGUGGAAAAAGACAUUUUUCCGUCAUCACAAUGGCCAGGGCGAGUUUGUUUUUGGAUACAUUCCAUUUAAAAACAUGGCAAUGGCACUCAAAGAGAUUGACAUUACUAUCCCUUUAAAGGUGCUUGAGCUAAUAUUUAAGCGUAUAAAACUGACAGGUGAUCUUGUUGGAUGGGACGAUUUUGUAUGUCUUGCUGCUCGACUACAAGCUCAAAUUAAUGAUUUCCAGCGAGUCGACACUGAUGAAGACAGAGUUAUUACAGUCUUGUAUGACCAAUACAUGGACAUGAUCAACAGAUGUGUGUUUUAGUGAGCUGGCGUGACUGGAUUGAUCCAUGGAGAUCAAAUUCAGAAUUUGCAAUGUAUUUUCCAAAUAUAUCAAUCCAUUUUACAAUCCCGAGUUUAAAAAGCGAUUUUAAAUCUUGCCUGUACAUUCACUACCUAGUGGUAGAAAGUCGAAGCAAUAAAGUACAAAUGAAAAAGC